CAAUGGAUAUCGUGGGCGCUUUGUAUUCCACAAUCCCUUCCAACAUGGAGGAGGAAACAGCGGAGGAGGGAGUUGAGACGCAGCCGAUGAUGUCAGCGCAAAACGAAGAGUACUUCUUCUUCUCUGACGGACACUCGGAGAUGUCUGACAGUGAAGUAGUCGUGCAACAGCCACAAGAGGUGAUAGUGGACGAGUCUAACUUGGAGAUAGGACAGGACACUAUGGUGGUGAUGCACGAUGACGUCAUGGACGAGGAGGAGGUGAUUCUGGGAGAGAGGACUGAUGAUGAUUUGACCAUUGACACAACACUGGGACGACAUCAUCAGACCAUGGACGAUGACUACAAACCGGUGUUAGACGAGAAGGAGCGUGAGAAAAUGUUCAGGCUAGCGGUGCGCGAAGACGAAGAUGGAACUUCUCCCAGGGGAGGCAAGUUCUACAGUUGCGAUCAAUGCGACGAGUCUUUUGGCAGGAAAGUGAUGUUGGAAAAGCACAUUGAAAAGUACCACAAGGAUGACCCCAGACCCUACACGUGUACAAUUUGUCUGAAGAAGUUCAAGAAAAGGAGCAAGUUACAGAAACACAGCUGGACUCACAUUGGUCAGUUGGUGGACCAGAGCAGUAAAAAAUCAAGCCGACGAACUCCGAAAAAGACGAAAUUGAUUGAGGCACCUCGAGAGGAUUCAGACGAAGAACCGUCCAUGACGACUGUGAAGCAAAAGGGAGGAAAAGCAGGAUUUGUAAAGAAAGGCAAGCAUUCCAAGUUCAAGUGCGAUAUGUGCAAGAAAGGAUUCUCAAAUCCCACAAAGUUGUUGUUGCAUAAAAGGACAUCACACAAGAAUAAUCAGUGUGAGAUAUGUAUGGAGAUAUACGCUAAUAAGAAAGAACUGGAGAAGCACAGAAAGGAAGUGCAUCCCGGAGAAAGGCCAUUCAAGUGUUCAGCCUGUCCCAAAAAGUUCAUGUUGGAGCACCAGCGAAUGAGACAUGAAAUGAUUCACAGUGACGAAGCACCGUUCAGAUGUGAGCAAUGUGAUCGAGGAUUCCUCACCAAAAUGAACAUGAACAAACAUCUGGAAUCUCAUCAGGAGUACCAGUGCAAAAUUUGCGGCAAAGUCACCUUUACAAGGAAAGACAAAAAGGCGCACGAGAAAGAACAUGCAAUCGAGGAAGAGUAUCCUUGCCGCGCAUGUGGCGAAAAGUUCAACAAGAUCUCAGAUCUGACUCAACAUUGCAAAUCAAAACACAAAGAGAUGAAAUUGCACAGUGCGAAGAAGUCUCAUUCGUCAAACACAGGGCCAGCCGAGUGCAGGUUAUGCGGGAAGUUAUUUCAAAGUGGAAGCCAAAUGAAAAAGCAUUUCUCUUUGGUACAUAAAGAGCCAAUCUUCUGUAAGUACUGUCCUAAAAGCUACUCAUCUAGAAAAAAAGUAGAAGACCACGAGCGAAUUCAUACCGGAGAGAAACCUUUUCAGUGCAAACAGUGCAAUGAGACAUUUGUCAGUGUCGAGCAAUUGAAGUCGCAUUCGAAGACAAUGCAUAGUGGAGGCAAGAAUAAAAUCCAAAGUCUGACAUGUUCUGUAUGUACUCAAAAGUUUGAGAAAUCUGAGUACCUUACGAGACAUCGGAGAACUCAUUAUGACGAGAAGCCUUAUCAAUGUGAGAUAUGUGGUCUAAGAUUCCAUCAACUAACACUUCUGAAGUCUCAUUUGGACAUGCAUACGAAUAACAAAAUGUAUGAUUGUCAAAUAUGUACGCGCAAGUUCACGAAAGCGCAAGUGAGGAACGACCAUACAGUUGUUCAUUCAGGGAUCCCGUUGCAAUGUUUCGUAUGUUCUCAAGAGUUUACAGACCAAAGUCAGCUGAUCAAACAUGAGAGAAGAAUUCACGCGGGUGAGAAGGCGUUCCAAUGUUUGAUCUGCCAUGAGAUCUUUGAUCAUAGAUGGAGUUUGUUCAGACAUGAGUUGAUUCAUAACGGGGAGUUCCCUCUUCUAUGUAAAGUGAGGGGGCUGCAAAUAGAAGACAACAUUGUGGAGUUAGACUACCAUACCGAGUGUUUCUUGGCCAGAAGACGGGAGCAGAUGCUGUCACUGCAUAAUGAGUAUGUGCCUGCUUACCAGAAUAUUUCUGAUUGCAACAUUCCACUACAAACGAAUUUGGAGCUCUUGAUUAACUCUAAUGUUGAAGAUGCCCCUAUUGACAUCGAAAACUUAAGCGAACAUGGAAAUGAGUUGGACACAAGUGAAGAUGAGUAUGUCGCUGAAUCAGCGUGGGCUGGAAUAAAUACAGCGGUAGCUUCUAAAAACCCACUCAAAUUUGAUUGCAGUGAAUGCGGUGCGAAAUUUGACAAUAUUCUAAUGUUGACAGAGCACAACUGUUAUGAGGAACCAAUGUCCAAUCAACCACAUGUCAUGAAAAAUGGCACUUCUCAGGAACCUAUUUGCCUUCAAAGUGACUCAGGUGUGCCGCAAAAUAGUCCAACUGUUGUUCCACAAGGUUUUCUCAAGGUUAAAAUGAGCGCAUCGAGCAAGCAGUACAAAUGUACUGUAUGCAACAGAGAAUUCGGACGAGAAAGUGCCCUAGAAAACCACAUAAACUUAGCGCACCCGACGCAGAAGAAACAAGAACAGUCAGAAGAGAAAGAGGAAAAAUCUAACUUCAAAAUCGCGAAAAACAAUGAAUCUAAAGCUACAAUACAAAUCAGUAAGCUAAAAUUUAAGAAAGGAAAACCUAAAAAAUCAGUUUUUAUAGCCAGUAAAUUUUUGCAAAUCGCCAGGCGAAAAAAUGCAAACAAAUCGUCAUCUAAAGAUUCCAAAAAUAGAACAAAAAUCGACAACCCUAGUGCUAUAAGACCAUCUGUGAAAUCCCCUGACGCCAAAACGAAACUCAAAGCAACUGUAAGAAGGACUAAGAGUAUUGGUAAAAUUGAUAAACACUCCGAACCAGAAACAAGGAGUCGAGGCGCUCCGUCCAAAUCAGCAGAAAAGAAAGAGCCGGAUUUCAACGCAGCGCUUCAGUUUGGUUUUAAAAGCAUAAAGGAAAUGUUCCGAAAAACUGCAGUAAGCUUAAGCAUGGAAAGAAUUGAGGUCCCCCAUAAAUUGUGGCCAAUUAUAGAGAAAAUUGAGACUGAGUUUAGAAAUAAACAAAAUGAAACGAAAACAGAAAAUGCUAACGAGAAGUUGCCGCAAAUUAAGUCCAAUGAAGAUGCAGGUUCAAAAAGAAACGUUCGAAAGAGAGUAAAACGAGAUGUUUCGGUUGAAAAUGUUUCAAUUGAUAAGAAGCGAAAAUUGGAGACACCUCAAAAUAGUGAAAAGGAACUGCAUAUAGCAUCCGAUGUAAUUAAGAAAACGCGUGAAUCAAAGGCAGAUGAAAAAUCUGAGAGAACUACCAAGCAAACGCUAGCUGUCCAAGCAGCGAAAAAAGUAAUGAGAGCGAGCUUGUCUAGAAAAAGUUCCAGCCGAAGUCCCUUGAAAGCACCUCUGAAACGCAAAACUGCAGUUCGUGAAACCAGUAAGCAAAGAUCCAAUUUUCCGAGUUAUAAAUCACUCCCAACACAAAUGUCCAAAAAAUCUACAGAAGUAAUUUGUGAGCCGACAGUAGUUCAACCGGUCGCUAGUGCUGCCGAAAAUCUAGACAUAGUAGUCCCCGUCAUUGAAGCAAGGAGCGGCAGAGCUAUCAAAAAGCCAACAAAAUUUAUGGACCAAGACUUCGUCAUGCCGGUCAAGCUGAACGCAGUGUCGCCUAAGUUUCCAAAAAACAAAGCUGCUGCUGAAAGUGCAGGCAGCAGAAAAAGGAAAAUUGAUCAAGUUAGCUCGAAGUCUCAGCGCAAAGUCGACACCAAGAAAAGUAAUGCCACAAAAUAUAUAGUCCCAAGCGAUGAAGUUUCUGUGGACAAAGAAAAUAAAGCACCUGCUCUGAAUGAAUCACCAAGUCUAGCAGUUGGAGUUGAUGGCAAGGAGUAUACGUGCGGAAUUUGCAGCAGAGGAUUUUCACGCCUGGCAGCUUUGGAGAAGCAUAAAAACUCGAAUCACCAGAAGCAGCAAAGGUUCCCUGCUGUUAAAUUUACUACGAAAGACGCCCAAAAACAAGUGAAAGGAGCUAAAAGGUUGAACUAUAAAUGUUCGAUAUGCAAGAAAUUGUUCUCAAAACAAGCUAAUUUUAAUGAGCACAUGAAAACGCAUGCUUCGGUUAAGUGCAGUGACUGCGGGAAAUUAUUCAAGGACCGAAAAUUGCUAAACGCUCACAGAGUCAAAGUUCACAAAGAAGAUCCAUUUUCGUGCAAAGGAUGUACUGACACCUUUUUGACCAAAUCUUUACUUCAAACUCACAUAAAGCUUGUUCACAAUGAUAAUGACAUUGAUCUGCCUGUUACAGAGAAGAAGUUAGUAUCUUUUGACUGUGAAAUUUGCGGGAAAAAAUUUUACAGAAAAUCAAGAUUUGAUUCCCAUUGGGAAACGCAUGAGAAAAGUCGCCUCAAAUGCGAUGUUUGUGACGCGCAAUAUAAAAGUUUUGAUGAGCUAAUGUUGCACUCUUGUGAUGACAACAUGCAUCCUUGCCCUGAGUGUACAUUACGUUUCAAGCAGAGAGCUUUACUAAAUCAACAUAUAGGCAGGGUGCAUAAAGACAAACCUUUCGUGUGCAGAUUCUGUAAAAAGAAGUUCGCUACACAGCCUGCAUUGAAAGGUCAUGAAAACUCACACAGUGAGGCAAAUGAAAUGAUGGGACUUCAAAUAUCCCCUGAAAGUGACAAGCAGAAGUGGAAACUUUAUUGUGAAAUGUGCAACCAAAGGUUUUCAUCUUUGAACUCUAAAAAGCAACACAUGACUAAAGUGCAUGGACCAGAGUGGAGACAUUUGUGUGUGGCGUGCUGCAAGAUAUUCCCAGACAGAGGCAUGUUGCUCAGACACCAGAUCAUACAUAAGACUGUAGGGGCUGAAGGGGAAAGUUAUCGGUUGGUUCCUAAAGAGAGACAUCCACACGAAGAAACUGUGAUUCUUAAUGAAGAAAGCUCAGUAUUAACACCUAUGACUCCUUACGUCAUUGAAACGUAUCAGUCAAGUGAACCGACUUCUAUGAUUAUAGAAGACGAGGUGCUUGAUUCGAAUCAAACUGGUGCGAUCAAAAAAGAAGAUCUCAUAUCAUCCGAAAAGUUGGUGUUUGAGGAUGAUAAUUCAUCAAAGGUUUCCGACGUCUUAAGCAUACGAUGCAAUUUCUGCAAAGAUAAGUUUUCCGAUGUUCUAGCUUUGAACGAACACAUACAAUCUAGUCACUAUGAUGAGUUGAACCCGCAGUAUAAAUGUGAAAUAUGCCUGGAGUCAUUCCGGGCUUUCACUGCGUAUGUUCAACACAUGAGAACCCACCCUGAGUCCAUGCUGUUCACUUGCAAGUUCUGUGACAAAAGGUUUUUUACUGAGAAGCGUCUCAAUGCUCACAUGACCAUGCUCCACAAAGAUGAAAUUCAGGAGUAUCAGUGCAAGUUCUGCGAUGAACUAUUUCAUGACUACAAAGAGUUCAGCAAACAUAGAAAAACUCACCCUGAAGACGACCCAUACCUCUGUAUCCAUUGUAACGCCUCUUUCAGCAGUAAACACGCUUUGAAGUCCCAUCUUCCUCUCCAUGGAAUCCGAGUGAACGAAACUCAAUAUAGGAUCUCUUGUGACUACUGCUUCAAAGUAUUUGCAAAUAGUAAGAAAGUUGUCGAACAUCUUAAGAAUAACUGUUCUCAGUUCAAGGCAUCCCGUGACUUGCAAGCAUCUAAACAAUCCAUAGAAACAUCUCGAAAAACGAUUCAAACAGUGCCAAAGUUCUCGCGCUGUGAUAUUUGCCACAAGAAGUUCGGAUCUCGGUCUGCCAUGAAGUUCCACCAACAACUACAUUUCAAGGACAAGAGAUUUGCUUGUGAGUUCUGUGGACUAGGUUUCGGAGACAACAGCGACUUGGCGAGACACAGAUUAGAGCACAACUAUGACGCAGAGUUCAAGUGCUUCGUCUGCAGUCGGAUGUUCCUGGAUACCGAGGAGCUGUUGCGGCAUGAGACACUUCACAGGCAGACGAACUCGCUCUUCUGUUCUUUGAAACUCAUCGGACAUACAACAAUUAAAGACCGGUCAGGCACACAUUCAGCUUCUGCUUCUUCAAUACAACUUGUGGAUAUCAACCCAAUAGUAGAGGAUCUCGUGGCCAGAAAGUGGCGAGAAUUACCUUGAAUUAAAUAAGUUUCUCAAAAAAUUGUUUAUUGAGCUAACGUUGUCAAAUCAGCAAUUUUAAUUUUGACCACAAACGCUAUCUAACCUAAAUGGGUGAGAAGGGAAAAAAUUACUGGUUAAAU